UGAGCUCAAAACAUGAAGGUGAUUUGAAAAUACACAAAAAUAGAAUUUCAGUUACAAUGCAGACACAGAUGCUCCUCCUCAUCUUUCUCCUCAGCCCGGGUCUCGCUGAAGACACAGUGGCAGAGGACAUUGGCCCUCACCAGCUGGAGCGUCUGGUGGUUCUCCUGACAGCGCGUGAGUGUGAGGAGCUCAUCUCUGUUCUCUCUCACGGCGAGGAGAGCAUCUUCCAACGCCUAGAUCGUCUGUCUCCAGAAAGGAACCAGCUACAAACACACUCACGGAGACCAAGAAGUACAGACCAGGAGACCCCCUGUCGCUCAGGGCUCAAGGACUGGUUGCAGACUCAUGGCAGGCAGAUAUACUACGACAGGCUGUCUCGCGCACUGCAACAGAUUGGCAGGACUGACAUUGCCAUAGAGGUGGGUAAGAACAUCAACCAGGAUAAAAAUCUUGCUAUCCAGAGAUAUGUAGAGGGAUACCACGAGCUUGUUAGCAAAAUGGCCGCCCAAGAAGAGAAGGACCAAUCAGACCUUGAGGAUAAAGAUGGCCAUGAGGAGGUGCUACAGUACUCAGCAAAACAGGCCAAAGGAUUGACGUGGAAAGAUGUGGAUUUAGAGGUAAAACGGCAUCCUGCACCACCGUCUCAACAUCAACUACAAGACACAGUCUGGCAUCUGCUUUACGGCCUUUUCCUUGGAUUUGCUGGGGCACUGAUCAUGAGUGUGACCGUCCUGCUUAUUAGCAUAUACGUGUCCCGUGGCAACAAAACCAAUUACAAAACUACCCAUCAUCAUCGUCCUCUACUUGGUUCUGAAACAUCAUCAUCAAAACACAGACAGCGCCAAAAAGACACCCAGGAUGAAACCGAGAGGCUCCCAUUUUAAUAAAUGUUCGAGACAAUUAUCAAGCUGUGCUCAUCAGUCAGUAAUUCAAUAUCAAAGAGAUCUGUCUUUGAUGGCCAAUGAUGACCCGAGGUACUUGCAAUAAAGCAGUUCUACUGGC